AUGGAACAAAUCAACAUGCACCAACAUGAAGAGUCUCAAGAUGACAAUUAUGGGAUGUUUGUUGCUAAAUACAUGAAUCCUGAAAUCUACAGAGCUGCAAAAGCAGGUGACAUUUCUGGUUUUAAAAGAGAAAUAGAAGAUAGGGAAGCUUCUCCUUUCAAUCAAGUAAGUCCUCAAGAGGAUACAGUCCUUCACAUUGCAGCGUACUCAGGCCAUAUCCUCCUUGUGGAGCUCAUACUCACACAUCGAAUCAACCUCUUCUCCAAGAAAAACUCUAAUGGCAACCUUCCAAUCCAUGCUGGUGCAAGUUCUGGGCACCUGUCCACUGUGAAGUCCCUACUUGGAUUUCCACAAAGGGACAGUGAAGAAUGGAGAGUAUCAGCGCUGAAGGAAGUCAAUAAGAAUGAAGAAACAGCAUUACAUGUCGCCUUGAAAAAUCAUCAUGAGAAAGUGGCUGAAUUUUUGUUCGAGUUAUGUCCGUGUGUAUCAAGUUAUCCUAAUAAAGAAGGAAAGUCUCCGCUGUACAUGGCUGCGGAAGCUGGUUUUCUUGAUCUUGUGAAGCUAAUGACAGCUGAAACAGUGGAGGUAGUGGUGAUGGACAAUUCCACGUCUAGUUCGGAAACCAGAUCAGUAGUGCAUGCUGCCCUUAGAGGAAGGAAUAUAGAUGUCCUGGAAGCCAUAUUGAAGAAAGAACCGAAACUUACCUACUUGAAGGAUGAGGACGGGACGACUGCCCUUUCCUCCGCAAUACUUGCGGGUUACCUUGAAGGGGUGCACCAUUUACUAGAGAAAUUUAGUGUAACCUCGUAUCAAAGAGAUGGAAGUGGUAACUUUCCUAUUCAUGUAGCGUCCAGUGAAGGCCGCGUUGAUGUUAUCUGAGAGAUUCUUCAACGCUGCCCUGAUGCAAUGGAGCUGCUAGGCAAACAAGGACGAAACAUUCUUCAUGUAGCUGCCAAGAAUAGUAAAGUUGGUGUAGUUAAUUACAUACUCAAAACUCCUGAACUUGGAAAGCUUCUGAACCAAAUCGAUGAAGAUGGAAACACACCAUUGCAUUUAGCUGCUAUAAAUGGACUUAAUCGGAGUGUGCAUGCUUUGGCUUGGGACAAGUGAGUUAACGUAAAUUUGAGAAACCAUA